CUCAUCUCCUCUCUGUCUCUCUCUGUAAAUCUAUGGUUGUCUCCGAUGCCUCGCAGCUAGCCUUACAUUUGCUUUCUCUGGAUGUCCUGUCACCUCCAAAUUCGGAUCUCAAGCUCGAGCCCUCCAAAUUUUUCUCUCUAUAGUUUCAGGCAGGAAGGAGGACCCAGCGUUGAAUUUCCUCUGUUUCUUUCUCCGGAGGGAGUGGCGCUAGAGAGAGGAUGUCUUCGCGGAGCUGCUCGCAGUGCGGCAACAAUGGCCACAAUUCGCGAACUUGCUUGCAGGAUAGCAGCAAUGGAAAUGGCGGUGUUAUGCUAUUUGGGGUGAGAUUAACAGAGGGGUUCAAUUCCAAUAAUCCUUCCCCUGUAAAUAACUCGAUGAGGAAGACGGUAAGUUGCAAUAAUCUCUCCCAAUAUGACACCCCACCAGAGAACAACGCCGAUCUUGCCGCGGGUUAUGUUUCUGAUGAUGUUGUUCAUGCUUCUGCCGGCAGUCGUGAGCGAAAACGAGGGGUUCCAUGGACAGAGGAGGAGCACCGGCUGUUCUUGCAGGGUCUGCAGAAGGUGGGGAAGGGCGACUGGAGGGGAAUUUCCAGGAACUUUGUGAAGACAAGGACUCCCACACAGGUGGCCAGCCACGCCCAAAAGUAUUUCCUCCGGCGUACCAACCUCAGCAGGCGGCGCCGUCGUUCCAGCCUCUUCGACAUCACCACCGAUACGUUCUUGAGCUUGCCAGCUGAGGAGGAAACUGUGAUUGCCGCCGAGAACCAGUGUUCCAACAACAACCUCCCUUCGAUGCAUUCCUUCCCCUGCUUCUCCUCUUUUACUUCUCUGCAAAUCUCGGAUAAUCAAAAUCAUGGAGGAGCCACGGCGGCUGCGGAUGCUGGUAUGCCGCUGCCACCCCAUCCAAAGUUGAUGAGGCCGAUUCCGGUCGUCCCUGCUGCCCCGGUUGCGGGGCCUCCGCCCUCAUCUUCUGCAUUGCAGCCUUCGGCGCUCUCUCAGAAGCUCUCUGAGCAGCAGCAACAGCAGCCUGCUUCCAGACACUCUGCUUUCCAAGCCAUGGCGGCCAAGGGUGGGAGCAUCAUCACCGUCGCUUGAUCAAUCAACGGCUACCAUCAUGUACAUACGUACCGCACACAUGCCUCCACAUCGUUUCCUUUCCUUCCUUUCCAUACCACAUAUCUCUCUUGUAAUCGUGUUCAUCGAUCUCAACCAUUCGCCCCCUUUAUUUUUUUUUUGCUCUCUCUCUCUCUCCCUACGUAUCAUUAAUUAAUCAUGAAUUAAGUAAGAUAAGUUUAUUCUAAUUCUAUUUUAUAAGAAUAAACACAUGAGCAAGCA